AUGGAAGCAUUGUCAACAUCACGACUCAACCAGUUUGAGAAAUCGAUGGAAUCGCUGUAUGGCAGCUUUUCCAAUAUCAAAGACCCAGAACAAUGGACACCACCAACCAACUCUGGAGGUCAUCGCGGUCGGUAUCUCUGGACCGAUGCCUUUGGAGUUGUGAAUUUCUUGACUCUGCAUCAGGAACAUGCCAAAAUAGCUGCUGCUGCAGGUUCGGCAUCAGUUUCGGGAUCUGGUUCCGCACCUGGCAUCAACACCGCAGACAAGUAUUUGAUUCUCGCUCGUCGGCUAGUCGGCUCUGUGCAUGAUGUACUCGGUCGCACUCGAGAUGGAAAGACACGCUUACCCGGCGCCACGGACGAAAACCCUUUAGGAGGAGGUCUACGUAUCGGCAAACUAGAUGAAACCGGCGUUGACGGAGAUGGGCAAUACCAUCAUUAUCUGACCCUAUGGAUGUUUGCGCUCAAUCUCGCUCUAGCGCAAGCAAUUCAUCCACGAUUCUUUGUCAAUAGAACCUCUACUCGGCCACGCAUGGUGUGGAAAAUGAGUAUAGACUUAGCAACACCACUUGUUCCCUCAGAAGGAAAUCUUGAUCCUAUCGAUGGCUAUGUCGUAUACCGACUGUUGCAAGCAUCAGCCAUGGCAAUGGUUGGUGGUGGUGAGGGUAGUAAUGUGGGCAGUGACAAGCCUAGAGUACUGGAUGAAGAGAUUACGGAUUAUAAGCGUGUCAUGGAACGGAAGGGCGAGCAUUUUGUUUCUUCUGAUACAUUAGAUUUGGGCAUGACUCUAUGGACAUGUCAUUGGUUUUCGGAUAAGGAGAAAUGGGCUUCAAAGUUGGCUGAAAGAUGCUUUCAGCAAAUAUAUGAACUUUUCGAAAUAGACCGCUAUCUAGCGCGCAACAUCAAAUACCGCCUCGCUUUCCGCGAAUUCGGCACCAGUCUAGGCAUCGGCUGCCACUAUGGUAAAUCAGGAGAACGUGAACGAUCCAUUGAUCUCAGGACUUAUUCGGAUUCUAUCAUAGAGUCUUGGGAACCCUACAUGGCGUUAUCGCUACGGGGUGAUAGUGAUUUGUUAGCAGAUGAUCUACGGCCUAUUACGAGAGUGAUGUAUUCUUCGGCUUUGAUUCCUGGUGUACUGAGUGAUGGUAGCUUUUCGGACUGGAUACCUUGGACCGGAGCCGAAAACAAUACUAUGAGUUAG